AUGGGAGAGAUUGGCGAGAGUCCUCGUAUCACUGAAGAGGAUCUCCUUUCCGGAGAGCUGACGGAAAUGACCGAGGAUGAUACGGUUUGUAGUGCUAAUUUUUUGAGUUAUAAAUUUCGUAUCCAAAUUAUUUCGAUAUAAAUUCAUACAUGUUGAAAACUGCUAAAAGUUCUCAGUCUCUCUUUAUUCGAACAACAAGAGUUCUCUUGCGCCUUCUAGCCUGGUUGCAUAUAUUUUUCUUUUUUUUUAAAUUUUUUCAGGUAUUCUUUAUUGAAACAGAAAGAGCUUUCGAAUGCCAAAAACAUUUGAAAAGACAUUGAUAUGUUAAAAAUUUUUUUGUACAUUUAGGAUCUCUCCGCAAUCGAGGAACAGAUGGCUGAAAUAGAAGAAGAGCAGAAAAAACUGAAAGCCAUUCAGAGCGAACUAGUGGUUUUUCUAAUCGUUUUGUUUCCUUAUUGGGGUAUAUUUUCAGGGACACAUGAGUUUAACUUCGACUACUCAGUCGAAUCCAACAGUUCUCACUGCAGAAGAAAAAGCUGAGGCCGAUGCCAAAUCGGUGUACGUCGGGAAUGUAAGUAGUUUUCUACUGCUCUAUUUUCAUCUUCUUUCGAAGAUAUUAAUUUUUAUUUACGAUAAUUCAUUUUGCAGGUGGACUACGGCGCUACUGCGGAAGAUAUCGAGCAGCAUUUCCACGGGUGCGGAUCGGUCUCUCGCGUGACAAUCCUCUGCGAUAAGUUUUCUGGACAUCCAAAAGGGUAAUUUUUAAUUUUUUGAGACGUUCGCUUGAUUGUAAUGUUAGUGAAGGAUCAAUUAUUAUCGAACCCUUUGAACUCAAUAUUAGUUUAUUGAGGAAGCCACCGAGGUGAAAUAUUCUUAAUCGAUGUAUCGAACAUUUAAUCAAGUUCAAAGUAUCCAUUUUCCAGCUUCGCCUAUGUCGAAUUCGCCGAUCGAGAAGGCAUGCAAAACGCUCUGGCUAUGACCGAUAGCCUUCUUCGUGGAAGACAAAUCAAAGUUGGUUUGAGACCUUAAUGUAGUUCUUUAUUGUAUAGGAACUCAAUUUCUGAGAUAAGACGAAAACACAUAUAUAAAUUGAAUGCAGAACACGGACACUUUAUAGUGCAGAAACUGAAAAAAAGUUAUAAAUUUUCAUAGAAUAUACGAAUCACCGAUCAACCAAAUUAUUCAAUAGAAAUUUGAAAGUUGGAAAAAGGCUUUUUUUCUUUCUUUUUUUUUAGAGUACCUUUUUAAUUUCACUCAGACAGGUUCUGAAUAGCUGUUAAGACACCAAUUAACAAUAAAUAUUUAACAAUGUAGGGCUUUCUGGAAUCUUUGAAAAAUAACAAUUAAUCAUUUACUUCUUUCGUUAAUUUUGAAGUUUAACUAGUCAUUUCUUCAUGAUUAUCUACUUUUUUCCGUUUAAAAAUUUUCCGAACCCUCUUCGUAACAAAACGGACUGAAAAGAGAUUUUUAGGUGAACCAGAAGCGGACAAACAAACCAGGCAUAUCGACUACAAAUCGACCGCCCUUCCGCGGUCGUGGCAGGGGAAUGCGUGGAGGCGUCAUCAUCAAGUACGUCUAUCCUGGAGGUUUCCGUCCCAGAGGCCGUGGUAUUCGUGGGUGAGUUUUCAUUCAGUUAACUACUGAAUGGCAAGUUUUUUUUUCAGUCGUCGCCCUGGCUUCGCUCCAUAUUGA